GGAGAAUUAUAAGUUGGACCCGGAGGCUCGUGGGGUGGUAGGUGAGGACAAGGGGAACCCUAUCCCGAGUGGGGUGGUGGGCGGAUGGGUGAGGACAGAUUUGCGGGGAAUGGGAAAGAUGCGUUUGAGAACAGAGUUGAUGGUGGAGGAAGGGAAGCUAUAUUUUCCAACGUUUGAAAGUGUAUGCUUAACCCAAGUUAAUUAAACCCAAAGGCAUAAUGUUAGAAAGAUACACCUGCGGAGGGAUGAAAAUGAAGUUUACCGAUUACAAGAAACGAGAACUUAAAAAAAAAAAUGCUAUGCGAGAACAAGGCGCAGCCGACGCAGGCGCGGGCAGAGAGAGAAGCGCAGAAACGAUUAGAAGCUGAAGACAUUAACUUUUAUUAUUAUUGGUAUUAUUAGUGCAUAGCUUUACCCUACUAACUUAAAAACCUGAGGUGAAACCCCUGGAGGAGAGACAAUAGUAAUAAAUGACGUAUCGAAACUACGGGUAUAACAUGCAGCAGCUAUAACGAGACAGUAUCAGCAGAGACGAGUGUCCAAGAUUUCUACCGUGUAACUGGAAAUUAGUUUUGUAAAAUCAUACCAAGGGAUUUGGUUAAGUUUUUGUACAAGUUUGUGAAUCGACUUGCCAUGGACGAUAAAGUACUCUUUCCAAUGAGCCAAGAAAGAAGAUGGCGAGCUACCCAAGAUUCCAAGAGCCAGCGCGGGAACGAAAUGUGUAAUGACGCAGAGGAUAUAUUAUGGUUGGAUGUGUAAGUUCAUUUUCAUUCAAAGAAUCUGAAUUUGAUUUCCUGAAAGAACUGAUUACUUUGCAAAGACUUUGAUAAGUUACUGAAUGAGAUUUACUUUGUUUAAAAGUUGUGAUGUUGGAGAAUUAUGAAAGGUGUUAAACUGUGUAUGUAUAAUUUUUGAAUUUGAAUUUAAAUUUGUAGAAACACUCUGUGGAACUGAAACUGAAGUUAACUAUAAUACUUAAGAAUAAGAAUUAUAUUUGGUUUUCUAACUAACUAGGGAUAAGUAAAAAGGAACGUUUAAUCUGUAAACUUUUAACUAGGGUGCCAAACUGGAUCUAAUUAGUAAGAGAAAUUAGAGUAAUGAAGGAAUCUCACUGAUUCUAAUUUAAAAUGAAUUUGUUUUGGUGUGAUAUCUAAGAUUUGGUACCUAAACAGAAUGUUGGAAUUUUGAAUUGUUCUUGCUCAUGUAAAUAUUUUGUACAUAUAGUUUUUUUUCUUAUAAACAAAACUUAUCUCCAGAAGUAUGUGGUUACUAUUCACAGCCUCCUUCCACUACCUAGAAGCUUCUGAUUGCCUACUAGCACCCAGUGUAAUGCUAUAUAAUUUGGUUUUCUCACACAUAGUAAGGCAGGUGCUACAGAGGUGUUACAUAUGUGGUAAAUAAGGCUUCAUUUUAAAAAUAUUUUAUUUGCUUUAUUCACUCAUGGACUUGGAUUCGCAAGGUGAACCACUGUUUAAUUCCCUAGAGGUCCUUGAGAAGGUGGCUGCGAGCUGCCUUUUUGAACUGGUGCAGUACUCAAGUCUCCCACAGCUUGACAUAUUUCUACCUCCAUUCGCUAAACAUUCCUGGGCUGCCAUACAUCUCCAUGGUUGGGAUGUUGGACGACUUGCAGAUAUACUACUAUGACAGCACCCUCCAGGCGGUAGAAGCCAAGCAACAGUGGAUCAUGGAUGGCUUUUCAGCUCAAGACUGGAAAAACCAGAAAGGGAUCCUGGACAUGAUUAAAAAGCUCCUUUCUCAUAAUCUGACUCCAUUCACCUCAAUGUUUAGCAUCGAUUUCAUCCAGGCGCUUCUGGGCUGCACGCAAUCUGCAAAUACAUUCAAAACCUUCCUCAAGAUUGGCUGCCAAGAUUUGGGAGAGCUCAGUUGUGACUUCACUACUGGAAAGUGUAUUGCCACUGGUGUCCUGGCAUUGUUAAAUAGUUAUCUUCAGCAAGUUAAUAUUGCUGAUAUUCCUGAAAUUUAUAUGAUGAACAGUACCUGUAUUCAGUGUUUGCAGAAAGGUCUUCAGCUUGGCAGAGAGGAGCUUGAAAGGCAAGUUGCUCCAGAGGUUCAGGUGAUGAAAAAGAGGCCAACAGCUACUGCAGGCAAGAGUCUCUCAUGCAUCAUCACUCCCUUCUACCCCCGUGCUAUCAACGCCACUUGGCUGAAGAAUGGGCGGGUUAUCUCUGAAGACUACAAGGUGACCAUGCUACCAAACUACAAUGAUACAUACUGGAUGGAACUGGUCAUUGAGCUGCAGGACAAUGAUGUGAACAUCUAUACCUGCCAUGUCGAGCACAGCAGCCUGCCAGAGACACUGAUGGCGCGGGGAGGAGUUGGGGAGCCUCGUGGUGCAGCUCCUUUGCUGGGGCUGAUGGCGGCACUUGCGAUGAUGACUAAAGUGGUGUAGAGGAGCAGCAAGGAGAGACUUAAGGCUUCAAUACAGAUGGGUGUUUGGCCCAAAUCUCAAGCUCAGCUCAGAACACAAGGUGGAUCUACUGCCUGGUUUUGUGAUUAAUGGUUCAACACCUAAGCAAGCUUAGUGUUGGCUCCAGUGUGGGAACUGCUUAGCUGAAUCUUCUGCCACUUUACAGCUCACUUGUUUUGUGAUGUUAUAACUUUUUCUUAUGUCUCACUCAGGGAUCAGGUUUCAUUGUUGUGGUGUGUUGAAGUUUCAAUUUCUCAUUUGUAAAGCCCUACUUGACCUCAGUUGCUCUUCCCAACCUUAACUCCAAUCCAAUACUGUAUAUCAGACCAUUGCUGUGAAGAACUACUGCCAAGGCAAUUUGGUGGGAUAAAGCAGUGAAAGUUUUACUGGA